AUGGGAGACAGCGACGAUGAGUAUGACAGAAGACGAGCACGAGAUAAAUUCCGACGCGAAAGAAGUGAUUAUACUGAUCGCAGACGCGAUCGAGACGACAGGAGUUCUCGUCGAGAUGAUUGGUCUGACAGAAGACGGGAGCCAUCUUGGGAAAAUAGACGUCGCGGAGAUUAUCGAGAAUUUGAUCGAGGAAGAAGAGAUAGUGCUGGUGGGAGACAUCAUGAAAUGAGCCCACCCAUGAAAAGAGUUCGAAGAGAUUGGUAAUUAAAGGAUUAUCGUCCACUCCUUAAAUAAAAACUCUUCACCGUCUGGUCUUGAUCAGAACGUCGAAAACCAAAUAAGCAGUGAAAUAAUAAGUAUUAGAAUUGAUUGUAUAUUGUGAUGCGUAACUUGCCUAAAUUUUGCAGCAAUCUGGACAGAGAGACUCGAGAAAGCAAAAAUUCUAAAAGAAAAUUCUAGCAAAACCCAAUUGUCUAAGUUAAUGAGGCCUUGUGUCUGGUUUCUGGUGGGCUAGAGAUCAUACAAAACUUCUCUUCUCAGGCCGUUUUUCAGUUAAAGCAUCAUUGUUGAUGCGGCAAGGCACUAAAUUACAAAAUGUUGGGGGUAGUAUUCCAUCCAGGUGUUGACACAAUCCAAGUUUUGUUGUGGAUAGCACGAUUCCAUUCCAUAAAUUCCUGAAAUUAUCUCAUCAAGAAGGUUUCAUCUUUGGCCUCGGGUAAUGAGGAACAUAAUACUUUGUACAAUGUGGCCAUUUUUAACUGUAAAAGAAGCAAAAUAGUAAUAUGGUGCAGUGUACUGUUCAUAUGACAGUCCAAUGACCAGAUUCUACAGGAAACAAAAAAGCAACAACAAGAACUGAAAACUGAGAAAUUGUGAGAUCAUUAACCCCUAAAAAAUGUUUUUCAUCAAACUUCGGCCAAAUCACAUAAAUUUUUUAAUAUUUUUGUCGAAAGAACCCUACAGUAUUGAUGUCUGCGUGAAGUUUCAUUUGCUAGUGUGAGAGCUAAUUUUAAACUUUUAAUGUUUGACAGAUCUGUUUUGGAGAACUUGUCAACUUAAGCAUUUUUCCACAUAAAGUUUCACUCGUUAAAAAAAGACAGCCAAUUUUCAACUUUCAGCCAAAAUGUUGUCAUCCAAAAUUAGCAGACGUAGUCUUUGUCUGAAUAGUUCAGCCAAGCUUGCUCUUUUUAAAGUGCAAAUGAUUGAGUGAUCUAUAAUUUUGGAGAAAGGAAAUUGUUUUUAUUAGAACUAGUUUUAUUUAUUUUUUUCUCUCACUCAAAACAACAAAACAAAACAGUCAGUAUGCAGCAAAGGUCCUAUUUUUAAAAAGGUAAAAAUUGUAAAUCUGUAUAGCUUGAUUUUUUAUCAACUAAACCUUAGUCUGCAAAGGUUUAGUGGGGAAUUGUGGGCAUAGUUCCUCUACUUAUUCUUAGCAGCACGUAUCUCCAGUGUUGAAUUGUCUUAAAGAAAAAACUGAUGCCAAAAUGAACCGUCACUUGUCCAAAUUUUGAGAAAACCAAGUCAUAUUUUUUUGAUAAUUAUUCUGCAACAAUCCUUUCAAAUUCAGAGUGAUGGUAGAGUCUUGUAAUGUGAUUUCUUUUUAAUGAAAUGCUGUAGAGUGACCUUUCGAAAUGAAUCCUCUGUGGCAGUACUGUUACGUAGUGUUAUUACUUUUACUGUAUUUUACAAGAUGAAAUUUGGAAUUUUGCUGUAUUUUGAGUUUUAUCUGUUCUGGAAGAAAUGAAAACGUUUUUGUUUAAUAUCUACAGGGAUGAGCCAAGUUAUCAUAAUGCUGGUGACUACAGUGUGCCCUAUGGUGGAGUACCUGCGCAUCACAAUACAUGGCAACACCCUGAUGUCCAGCAAAUGCAAAAUGCACAACAGGAUGCUAGACAACAACAGAGGUACGACAUGGACAGCUUGUUUAGAUUCCAAGAUUGUUUUUAAAAAAGAUAAAAGUAAAAAAAAGGCUAAUGUAAAUGUUGUAGUUAAUUAAUUAUUUUUCCUUUGUUUUAAUUUCUUUAACAGACAUUACCAUACCCAACAACAAAAGAAAAACUAAAAUUAUCUGAGAUGAAAAAUUAACUGCAACAUAUAUUUGCACCAUGCCUAAAAUCUGAGCGGCUGACUGAGGAAUCAAAUCAUGUAGUCAGUAUCUACCAAACAGAGAUAUCCUGCUGUGAAAAAAAUUAAACUCAAGUUUGUGGCCUAGAUGCAGUAUUUCAUGAUUGCUAUUUCCCUGAUUCCUGAGCUCUAAGCUGUGAUAGUCUAUCAGUUAAAUUUUCUGCAGAAUUUAUGGUUAUUUUCUGGACAGGGAUAUCCUCUUUCCAGAUGGAAUUUUUGACCGCUAACAUAGCUGCAACAAAAACUGGUUCAAGUUUGUUUUGUUGCAGCUUGUAUCGGCAUUCCUUUGAAAAGUUACAGUCUUAGGACUUUUUUAUAAUACCAGGAAAUGGUGGCUAGCCUUCCCCGGCCUAAAGGAAGGCAGUAGCCGCAAAAAAGUUUUUAUUAUGCAUGGCAGUACCUUUUAGUUUCAUCUUAUUUUUUUAGACCUGAUGUGGAUCAGCAAUCACAGGCAUCCCAGGGUAAUCAUGCCCCAGCCAUGAUGACAUUUAAACAGUUCUUAAAUGCUCAAGAUGACAACAUUGGUGACGAGGAAGCAUUCAACAAAUAUCAAGAAUACAAACUGGAGUUUAGAAAAACUCAAAUGAGUGAUUUUUUCCAGCAACACAAGGAAGAAGAGUGGUAUGUAGUUCAUGUAAAUCACACUAUGCACGUGUCAAUGCAAUUUGCUAUAAUAUAAAAGGUAAAUAAAGGGGUUUAUUGUGGGCGACAAGAGGAGCCCGUUCGCCCGCAGUCCUAAUCUCCAGGUUGUUAUCAAGCAUGCCUUGCAAGUAUGUAGCCAGUAUUCGUUUGGACUUCAACUAAGAAUGAAUAGAAUGCACAGAAUGCAAUUUGAUCACUUGCGUUUGGACCUUCUGUCACUCAUAAUCUUGACCGUCUAUCACGUGAAACUUGCUUGAAGCACAGCGUUGAAGCAAAAGCAUUUGAACUUGGAUCAUUGUCGCCCGCACUCCAUAACGUUUGGUUAAUACUUGUAAAAUAAGAAGGGACAUACAGUUAAUGUUUUGUAUCUUCUUCAAUUGCUGUUUAUGAUGUAGAAUGUCUUUCGGUCCAAUUAGUUCUUGCAGACUGCAAUCACUCAAAAAGUCAAAGAACUUUUGCAGCAUUUUGUGUAUGUAGCUAUUACCGGUACAUAUACUCAGAUGUGCUUCUAUCUGAAUGGGACAAGGGCCUAAUGACUAAGGGCACUGUAUCCAUCAGUAUUUUGUUUCUUUGCUUGUUUGUUUAAGGUUCUGGCAUUGAUUCCAAUCUGGAAAUCAGUUUAUUUUGACCCUUGCCUACGGCAUUUUGUCAUCUACAUAAUUGGAGCUAGUAUCUUUUCCACUGGGGCCAUGUCUAAGAUAAAAAAAUCGCUCUAUUUUUUUGCAAACUUUAUUAGCUUUGUUUUCACAUUUAGAUAAAAAGAACGGGCCUUCUUGUUUUUUUUUUACUCUUCACACAUUCAGAGCAUCACCAAUCUUUUUCUGAUGUAGUAGUGUUAAAUAAGAAUUAAAGUAAUGCUCAUUUUUAUGUUUAUUUUGCUAACUAGUUAAUGGCCCUUUCCUUUCGCAGCAAGCUGUGUUGUUGUUCUGUCAGGCACAUGCAUGAGAUAGCCAAAGCCAUAUCGAUCGGGACCUUUAUGCAUCGCACUUUAACAAAACCUCGAUUUCUUUUGCAUGAGGCAUAAUGCCUAGAACUCUUUAUACUGCACAAAGCAGUUCAUUAGGCAGAUUGGUAGCAGGGAACAGGAGCCACGUUUAAACCCCACGGUAUAGAGUGAGGUUCAUAUUUUGUAUAAUUUGACCUCAGUCAGUCUUUCUACAUGAAUGCUAUAAAAAUAGCAAAUGUUUUAAUAAUGAGAGAGUGAAAAGGCAGUAGUACAAAUGUAUCACAGUGGAGGCCAGGCAAGACAGCGAAGAUGGAUGAGUAAGUCCAUGCGGGUACUCGCACUAUUUGUAUUUUUUUAACCAUCUUUGUCAUCACUUUCCAAAAUGACAUGUUUGAUUUUGUCUUAUUUUUAAAGGUUUAGAACUAAAUACCACCCUAAGGAAUCAGCAGCUCGACAGAAGGAGUUAAAGAAGGCAAUGAAAAGGCGGCUUUCAGUCUUUCUAAACCUGUUGAAGUCAGGGAGAGCUGAUGCUAUAUCACUGGAUAUUGAUAACUCUGAUGCUAUUGUGAAACUUCUGGAUGCAGGUAUUGUUUUUCCUUUCAAGUGAUAACAAAUUUAGGUCUCUAUACACCGUGUACAAUGACCUCUCUGAACUCCAAGGUUUGAAGUUAAUUCAUAGUCUACAAGCAAGGGUUGCUAGUAAAAUUUUUUUGUUACUAGCAAAAGUCAAGAGCCUUGUGAAGAGUGUUAAGUUAUUCCCUGUGUUUAUACACGCAGUCGAGUGCAAGCAUGCAGCUAGAAAACGCACUCUUUCUUUUUCUGGUACUGCUCAAUAUAUACAUAGUUUUUAUGGCUCAAAUUUAUACUGGAGAAAUGCGUAAUGGCUUUGUUAAAAUGAUAUUACUUUUACUGGCAACCUUCCCCAAACCACUCACAUUUUGCAAGUGUAAAUUUGAGCCCUGAAUUUGCCCUUAAAAGAGAUCGAUGCUCUUGAGUAAGGUGUUACCAGUGAAACUUUCUCAGUACUCUGAUCCACUUUCCCGUUAGUCAUUUUUCAAAGUAAUUUCGACAUUUUCUUUGUAGUUGUUAUAAAGUUAGAAGGAGGCAGUGACAGUGAUCUGGCUGUACUGGAGUGUCCGCCCACUCCACCACCUGAACGAAGACGGUCAUCAUCUAAUCCUUUGAUGUCCCCAAAUGGUAAUGACCCUGCAGAACCUUUUGAGGAAAAGAAAGAUGGAACUGUUGAUGAAACAGCGCAAACCUCUCAGAAUGACAAGGAUGCGAAGAAAGGUAAAAAUAAUGUCCUGCAGAUGGCUUUUUGUCUCUCUUUUGACUUGGGUCUUGAAAUUUGGCCAGAAACACCAUGAAAGUACAUGUAUGAGCGUGGUCACAUCAGCCCCGUCUUUAAAUAAUUUAUAUGACAGUGUGAAAAGCAAUGCUUGAGAACCAGACGUUUGAUUGUUCUUUGUGGUGUCUUUUUUUGUAAAUAUUAGUGGCUUGAACUUUCGCAACUUUUUACCAAGCCUUUUAUUCAUAAUGUUUUCUUUUUCAGAUUCAAUACUAGAAACUGGUCCUGUGUCCCCAUCAUCUGUACCUCUACCCUCAGCCCCUCCACCAGCAUCAGCAAAAGCCACUGCAAAAAAGGAAGAGAAUGGAGAUGUGAAAAUGAUGUCAGUAGCCAAUCCAACACCUGAACAACAACAACUGCAGCAGCAGGCCCAGCAGUACUAUCACCAACAACAGCUGUAUUAUCAACAGCAGGUAAAUUAGGGCAUGGCUUCUUUGACUCCUUACCCUCGAUCCCAUUCGAAAGCCCGAUUUUCCCAUGCUUAUUUUGGGGAGUGGAUAGUCAAAUACAAGGCAUUUACAAACAAUUACUUUACUUCAAUGGGGUAAUUCAACUGAAUAUUAACUUUUACUGACGACAUCUUGUGAGAGAAUUAUUUUUUGAAAGAAUCUGUGUGUUGUCUUCCCCACCUCUAGGUUAGAAUACUAUACAUUGUUGUUACAUAUGAUUUAUGGCAAAUGCUUCCUGGUCAAUGAUUCUACAGUUUGUAUGGCCAUUCAUUCUUUUAGUGUACAACAAAAUUCUUAUAGUGGGCUGUGUGAGGUAGUUUCUGCAGAAUGUGAUGAACAACAACCCCAGAUUUGGCCAAAAAUAAGGCCUCAGGCUCAGAGGUUUUUUGUACUUGCUCAUUUGUAUUACCCUGUGGAGUCAGUACAUGUGAAAUUCAAUGUUUGAACCAGGCCUAAUGAUACAUGUAAAGUUUUAAAUAGAGGAGAUUAACAUGAAUUAAAAAAAAUAGCAAAUUGUUAUGAUGCUGAAAUCGUGAUGUACAAUUGUAACUGCUUUAUAAUAUCAAGGACGUACCAUCCACCCUUUGUUUGUGUUCUGUUUUAUUUUGCAGUAUGGCUAUGGAAACUAUGAUCCACAACAAUACCCCAAACAGGUGACUGAGGAACAGCAACAGGAACCACAGACAUCCCAGUCACAGAAGGAUCAGGGUGCUCAAAAAGCUACCAAAAAGGUAGGUUAUAAAUUUCACUGAAUAAAACCUGUACAGAAUUCAGUUUGUUACAAUACUAGCAUCUAUAGCAGCAUUGAUAUUAUGCCGUUAAGGUGCAAGUAAGCAACUUAUAAAGUCAGUCAGUAAGUCAGUCAGCUUAUAUAUAUAUAUAUAUCAAAGUAAGAAUGAAAUGCAGGGGUUUCAAUAAGCACGGACGGCCGAUGAAACAUGUCGGCUACUUUGCUCAUAGAGGUCGGCUGCUUUUUCGAGAAAGAAAAAACAACUAGUUUGAAUAACACUGGAAACAAAAAAUAUAUCAUAAAAACUGAAUGAAAACAUAAUUGUGAUGUGUUUUCAUAAAGGCCCACUGGUUUUAUGUUAUGCUUUAGUCAUGUGAAUGCUAUAUUUCAGUCAUUCUUUUUCUUAAGUUUCUUUAUAGGUCUACGCAGAAUUUGUUUACAUGCAUAAGUACUUAAUUUAGUUUUCAUCAUUUGUUCAUUGCUUGUAGGAAUUGAUUGUGUGUCUGAUAAAUUGAAAGCUACAUUUUCUUCUCUCCUUCAUCCUCAAAUUUAGUCCCCAGAACACUGAAAAUCACAUUUUAGGCCUUUGAAAUGUCAAAAUUUUCUCAGGCAGAACGCACGCAGACUCCCUUCCCCCUAAAAAGGAGACUAACGGCCCCUUGUUGGUACAGUCGGUUACUCUUUUCAAACCUGCUGGCUACUUCAAUUUUUAUUGAAACCCCUGGAAAUGGGAAAGGGGGAAAACCAUUAGGUCCUCAGCACCUUCAAUAAUCUAACCCUUGUGUAUAGAACCACUAGGCCUGUAACUAUCUCUGGCAGCUACCAUCCCUAGUGUCUAUGUCUCCAAACAGUACUUUAACUGGUUCUUAGCUCUGUUGUACAUGUAUUGGCCAUGUCAAUGUUGUUUAAUUUUUCUAAGAUACUAAUAUUCAGAUUUGCUGAAGUUACGACAUGUGUAGAAGUUGGUACUUUCAACACUCACCCGAUUAUGUUAGUAAAGCCCACACAUUCGAACACUUUUUAGUGAAAUUACUGCAGCUGCAAUCUAAUGCACUCUUAAAAAUGUCACUUGAAGGUGAGUGAGAGAACUCAGACUGAUCUAAAUUUGUUUUGAGUAUAGGAGGAUGAACCCAAGAAGAAACGCAAACGUCGCCACCGUGAACCUUAUUAUUAUGAUGCUAUGGAUGACGAGAGUGAGAGUGAGUCUGAAUCCGACUCAGAACCUGAGCCUGCUCCCCCUGGGGAGGAAAUGUCCCCAGUGGAAACUGGAAAGGAGAAAGAACUGUUGCCCCCAGGGGUGGAGGCUGAGGCACCAAGCAUUGAUGAAAGCUUAGCACCACCAGGUGAGUAUUGACAGAAAUCAGUUUAUUGGCAUCACUUGACAGUACCUUAUAUAUUAAGCAACUUUUGUUUACAGUAGACAUUUGUAAGCUCAUUCACACGUUGAUUGCCCUUAAUUGCCAUUGUACAACUUUGUCCCCUGUAAUACUGUAGUCUUGUGAUUCAUCUCCAGACAACCCUGAUGCCUAAUUUUUGCAGGGAUGACAUCUUUUAAACCAUACUUAAAUGGGUGUAAGAAGACUUGAGAAAAGUGAAAAAAUCUUAUUUAACUUUGACCAGAAAAUUCCAUUGAACACCUUUUCCACUACCCACCUGUGCUACCAUGUAUAAGCUAUUUCAUGAUCCUUGAGGUUUAGGCAAAUUUCUUUUCCCUGAAGUGAAUAGACCCAGUUAAAUGUUGUGUAGAAGAAAAAAAUUGGUGAGCAUAAAACAACCAAAUCUGCCCGUAAAAUGGCAGUUUGGGUGGAAAAGAUAACUAAAGGGUAUUUUUUUUGCAUUGUAUUAUAAUAAAUAAUGUUCCCUAGUCUAUCUACCUGAGAACCAUGGAAGUUUCUGUGAAAGUCUUUGGACAGGCCCUAAUGCAGUGUCUUUUUUAAAAAUUGUUAUUUUGAUGUAGGGGUAGAUGCACCUAAACCCAGUGAAGUUGAAACAAGUGAGCAACUUCCAACAAGUUCUUCAAAUUCUGAAGAGCAGCCAAGUGCCACAACAGAUGAAAGUAAGCCAGGUGCAGAUACAAAACUUUUCUGUAUAUACUCCAGAGGACUCCAAAUUCAAACAUUUAUUUUGUAGGCAGGCAACGUAGCCGAGUGGUCAGUGCAUUGGACUUGUAAUCUGGUGACCGUGGGGUUUCAUCUGCAGAUGAACAAAAUCUCUGCAGAGUGCACGUAAAUUUUCUUAACCAACAAAAUAACAUUGUUCUGAAGAUAAGGCGGCCAUCGGUAUACCUACAUGUCCCACACCUAAUUGUAAUGCAUCAUUAAUUGAUAGAGUCCUGCCACAUGAUUUGUUGUACUAAACUGAUGACUCAGUUGGACAUGUGCCGGUAUACAACAACCUUUAUGUCCUUUCAGUGAAAAGUUAUUUUCAAUUCUGCUCAAGAAUAAAACUAGAAAUAAGUCUUGUUUCUUGACUUUAUUCCCUACAAAAAGUCUGUCACUUGAUGCCAAGAUUUCAUGGCCAAGUCUCUGAUAUUAAUUCAUGUAUCAUACAGAUUCUGGUGAGCCUGCUGUAGGAUCCAGCCAGCCUGAAUCCAUCAGUGGCAGUAAUGGAGUAUCACAAGGAGGAAAAACUACUGAAUUGGACACUGCUGUAAAUCCACAAACUUCAGGUACUCAUACCUUUGAAUUAAACUAGUCUUGUUUGUAGUGCAGAAAAGAUGUGAAACAUAAUAGUCUAUUAAAACCAUUAUGUUCAGAUAACUGUUAUUUUGAUGUUUGGGUUACAUGUAGGUAUUUUGGGUACCCUUUUUACAAAACAAUAUUGCAAGUCUUAGAUUUUCUAUUUGGUAACCUCAACAGAAAUUUAGGAAUUCUGUUUUCUCCUUUUAUAAUUUACAUCACUGUUGGCCAAGUUCCAUUCUGGCUUUUCAAGGGCUUACCUUUGAAGUUUCUUUUCCCUGUCCUGUUUGUUAUGAUGUGUAGCUUAUUGUAUCAUUCAUGGAUCAGAUCUAAACUUGAUAAUGAAAACAUGAUUGGAUUUUUUUCAACAGAUGACACAGCUGCCGACUCCACCCAAGACCCAAACACCAAAGAAACCAAACAAACCUUUCCUGCUGAGACCAGCAGUAUUGAACCGGCUGAGUCAAGCAGCUCUUCUGUCGCCCCUCCCGAGAAGGACUCUGAUUUGGUUGGUAGUACUGUCAAUGGUAACAAUACUGUGACCACAAAGCACCAGGAAGCUGAAAUGAUCCCUGAAUCCAGCAGCGAGGCGCAGGAGAAACCAGAGACGCCGGUAGUGUCUUCAAUGGAGGCAGAACCGUCCAGUCUGGCAUCAUCUGCUGUAGAACCCUCUACACAGGCACUGUCUUCUGAAGAGGUAUACCUUGAGGAUUCUAACUACAUGAACAAAGCGCAUGUAAUAUUAUUCUAUUGUUAUGAAAUCUGAUGUUGUUUCAUAUACCCAAGGUUAUAUAUUUCAUAUACACUGUUCACUGGUGGCCAUUAUGACACCUGAAGGAGGGUCAUAAGAUCUCUUUCAACAGAUAACCCACCCUACCCAGGAAAGGUUGGCCAUAGAACUGGGGUCUACAUCCCCUACUCUGCUCGAACUGUGGUGUAGGGUCUUUAUGUCUCAUAAGACAAGUGAAAGUGCUUUGAGACGGGACCUACAGUUUUUCGUCCUUAUCUAGAAAGUCUAAACCGUUUGCAAAAUUAAUGUCACUACAAAGGCAGCACUUUCUUUUCAGCUAUUCAAAGACCCUGAGGGUUGGUUAUUUAAAGAAAGUCUAACUUAGACGACGGUUUAGGAAAUCUUUCAACCUGUAGAUCUCUUCCUUAGUGGGUCAUUUUAAGAAGACAAAUGCUUUUCUAGUCUACACCAUGUGCUGUCAUGAAACUGUUUACAAUGAAAUUAAAAAUGGUGUUUACAUAAAAGCGUUCGACAAACUGAAAAUGGCUUACAAUGGUGUUUUGUUAAACACUGGUUAAACUCUUUUCCCCAAUUUCCAUGGGCUUGACCCCGGCUACUUUCAUAGGAAACAAAUGGAAAAUGAAAUCAAAAGAACUUCCUUGUUUUUCAAUUCCCCACCUGUUAAUUGCAUAUAGGUGGCAACUUGAAAUCUCAGUGACAGCCCUGAUUCUGUAUUUUUUACUGUAAAUCUAGAAACCAGAGCAAGUUGAUUCAAACAAAGUUGAAGAGGCAAAGGAGGAUUCCAACAAGUUAUCUGAAAAGAAGGAAGCUGUGGAGGAGACGACUCCUGUUAAAGAAGUAGUAAAAGACAACAAGGAAAACACAACUGAAGAGAAAGAGAAAGACACAGCUGAGGAGGAGCCAAUGGAGACUGAUGAAUCAAAACAGUUGUCAACUGUAGGAGAGCCUCGCGCACUUCACAAAACAUUCUCGUUGUUCAUGAGGAGUGUACCACCAGGAAUAUCAAAAGCCGACAUUGCCGCAGUAAGGAGAUUUAUUUUUUACUUACAAAAUCACUUAUAUGAAAGCAGAUAUGAUCCUUGCAGUUGAAUAAACAACCUAAGCAGUUGAAAAAGAACCUGUGACAUUAAUAUCUGUUUUGGUUACCGGUUGUUUUGCCUACUAGUCGUUUCGCUCAAGUCCUGUUCAUUAAUGUCUUAUGUCAUUCUGCUAAGAAGCUAAACGAGCGAUGUGCAUGUAUAUGCUUCGUUCUCUUAGCCAUGAUACAGAAAAAUGCGAUAUGUAUUUACCUCGUUCUUUCAGCCACUGAUCAGGCGAAUGCAGUUUGGGAACUGACCCAACAUGUACGCGAAACGACUUCAGAAGUUAGCGAACAGUACGACCAUUCAGACAAAAACUGCCGAGUAGUACUUUCCUGUGGUACUGUUUAUCGUGCUGUUCUAGGUAGUUCUAACAUCUGUCGAUGGGAAAACUGUUGACCUGUAUUUUCCUGUAGUACUAGACUGGGACCAGGCUCUGCAGUAGACAAAAAGGGAAAAAAAUUGGUGAACGAAGCAAGCCGAACCGGUGCCUCAGAAGGGGAAGGGGCAGCCCUUUUCCCCUCCCCGUUUACAGGAUCCACUACAGGGCCUGGUCCUAGGUUACUGUUGUACUGGUUAGUAUUCUGUGCAAGUUGGUUGUAACUUUUGAGGCUUUAGAUUAAAUUCUUAAGUGUGACCAUUCAAAUGAAAGCUACGGAAAGCUUAUCUCUUUUGAAACUGUGUAUUUGACUGUCGAAGUUUAUCCUUACUCUUCAUUCUGGAUGGAAUUGUAUGGUGUGACAAGCAGUACACUUACAGUCUUGAAUGUUGCCCUUCUCUGUUUCAGAUGUGCAAGAGAUUUGCUGGAUUUCUUCGUGUUGCACUCUCAGACCCGAGUCCUGAUAGAAAGUAGGUGUCUCUCUUUAAUCAAUAGUGUAGUCUUAAUUAGCGUCAAGUUUGUCAAGUUUUGCUUUUAAGUUUUUUGCCAACUCUUUUGAGUCCUCGUAUAUUAGGGGGGGGGGGGGGGGUCCAGAGUAUCAGGAGGGGUAGAGAGGGUUGUAGCCUCCCAUUUGAAUAGUGCAGAGGUUAAAUAAGUACCCCGCCCCCUCCAGUCCCCUUCCCCCCCUUAUUAUUCUUCACAAUGAAAUGAAUAAAUUAUAGAGUGUAUCGAUAAUGAGAAUGACUGUAACACUUCACGUGGACUGAUCCGGUAUGUUUCAUUUACGUGCUGGAAGUUCAAAUUUAUUUUUUCAUCUUCCUUCGGCUGCAUGACCUCCAAGAUUUAUACCAUCGUCUUCGCUUAAUUAAAUAAGCCCCCCACCCCCCCCCCCUCCCUAUUCGUGCGGGGUUGGCUUAAUUAGAGCAUUAGUUAGGGUAUUAAAUGUGUGACUCAGCCUUUAUUCGUUGGUCACGAUUGUGUUGUUAUUGCUGGCAAUGGAAAAUGUAAAAAACAUUGCGUAAUUGUCUCUGUAGGUUCUUCAGACGGGGGUGGAUCACUUUUGACAGAAGCGUUAACAUAAAGGAAAUCUGUUGGGAGCUAAAUAACAUAAGAGUGAGUUUUCUUUUUUUUCUUUUUUUAAAUAUCUGUAAAUCUAAUGAAAUACCACGAAACGAAAAACAUUUUAUUUCUUCUCCCCAUAAAGGUGAAAGAUACAGAAUUGAGUCCUGUUGUUAACAGAGACCUCUCUCGGAGAGUUCGCGGAGUUUCUGGUGCCGCUACAGCAAAGCAAGUUAUCAGAGAUGAUAUUAAACUUGCUGCAAAGCUCAUCCGGGAACUGGACAAAAGAGCUGGCAUCUACGAGAAAGAGAGUAAAGAGGAGACUGAGGCGAGAGAGAAAGCAGAGAAAGAAGCUGCUGAGGUAGGCUAACUACUCUUACCAAUUACAAAACGCUGCACGUUAAACACAGAAACAGGAUAAUAAAUUAAGGUGGCCUUGGACUUGCUCGUUCCUUUCUGCUCUGCAAGAUGCGACUGUUGCUUAAGAGUAAGAAGCUACGUUGUUGAAUAUCUUUCAGAAAACAGAGGAGGGCGAAGAGUGCGAAGCCAAGCCAGCGGACGACUCCGACAUACCAGACCUUCCCAACGAAAACCCCAUCCUGGCCUCGCUUUCAGAAGACGCGACCGAGGAGGAAGGAGGCGAGGAGAUGGAGCUCAUGGGAACGGCCUCGCCAACUCAAGGGGAGUCUGGUGACAAGCCUGAGGUGGACCUGUCACGUGACAGUGGAUUGCUGAGAGUGUUGGAUCGUUUAGUUUUGUACUUGAGAGUAGUGCAUUCGCUGGAUUACUACAAUGGCUUGGAUUAUCCGUAUGAAGAUGAAAUGCCCAACAGAUGUGGGAUAAUUCACGUGCGUGGUGCCACACCAGAAAAGUGCACGGUGGCUGAAGGUAUGACGUCAAACUUUUGCAAUCAAUUAACUUGUUACCGGGCUGGACCAUUCAUACUAAAUUUUCUAGGACGCGUUUGAUGUUGCGUUCUCUUAGCUACACCGGUCUACCAUAAGUAUACCAUGUACACUGUGCGCAUUAUUAGAUUGGAUUUUAGAGACCUUUAGUUUCUAAGACGAGGACGACUAGGAGUACGAGAUUUUCUUUAUACUAAGUAGUGCGCUUGCGUGAACCAGCGUGCGUAAAUUUUGGCGGGAAAACCUGGUAGCCGUCGUCAUUCUACGACGAGUUUUAGCGAGAAUGUCGCAGUAGCGGAAACAAGUUAUCAAAUGUUAUAAGUUUUACUAUUUUGCGGUCUGGAGAGGGCUUAAUCUCCUUCAAUAAAAAUAACCGUGUUAACUUUCAUGGUGAAAAAAAAAUGAGGCUCUCCGGGGUGUCUGCUUUUUCAAAAAGUAUGCAAAAAACUUUAGUCAAAUCUUGUCCUCAUCAUCGAAUCUAAAGGUCUCUUUUUACGGCGUGUCCGGUGGUGUUAGUUCUGCGCUGAUGUUAACUACGUGUGAACACCACUAAUUUUUAUUUAAAAAUCUUGGUCUCAUUUCUUAUUAGUUCAAGAAUGGCAGAAGGGUUUAAACCAGAGGCUUGAACCAUUUUGGCAAGAAAAAGAGUCGUUGAAGGACGAAGAAGUUGUUAAGCUCGGGAAAAAAGAUCCUGAAGCAUAUCCUUUGAGUGAAACAGUAUAAUGUUAAUCGGCAGUUGGGCAAACACAGUUUCUUAUAACCGUGUCAUUCUGACGUGGCAUUUAGGAUGCUGCUCUAUAGGUUAACUUUGCUACUGAAUAUCUUUAAUCUUUCUUGUAAAAGGGAAUCGCUGUUCAACUUUUCAGAGUGAUUCCUUAAAAUUGUCGUCAGUUCCCUUCCAGUAUCCUCACUUUAGCAAAUCAUUACUACGUUGGAGAGUUCGUCAAGGAAAGUAAACACCUGGAUUAGUAUCUCGUGCUGUUUAUAUCAGCACCUAAGUAAAGCGUUCCCUGCGUUUUAUGGCCUUAACAUAGUUUACUGAAACAGAGAGGUUUGUUGAAGCUAACACUCAGGAAUUGGCAAAAGAUAAGUGGCUCUGUCCUCUCAGCGGAAAGAAAUUCCGAGGGCCCGACUUUGUCAGAAAGCAUAUCUUCAACAAACACAUGGACAAAGUGGAAGCUGUUAGAAUGGAGGUAAGCUCUGCUGCCCCCUUUGAAAAAUCAGCAACGCGCAUCAUGUUUACCGGUUACUCGAGGGUGUUCUUUCCACAAAAUGGCUCAGUUUGCUUGGGGUUUUUACAUGUAUAGACAGAAUCUCGUGAAAACAGGUAUACAAAAUUUCGUUGUUAAAUACACUAGUCUCUGUCAAAUGCCUGCAUUGCGUUUUAAGCCUGAAAACUUUCUUGUUCUAUAUCAGAUCAGUUUGUUUUAGUUUUCUCGCUAAUUUGCAAUUAGGUCUCAGGACUUAAAACUUUGCGCUGGCAUGUAGUAGAAUCGUAGAUGUUAUCAUCAUUGAUAUUUUCUGUGAUUUCUUGUGAAAUUAAAAGGUUGUUAAAAUGAUUUUCCAAGAAAAAUUACUUCUAAGGCCUCCUAAAGUAUGUUUCAGUUUCUUUCUUUUGUUUGUCGCACAGUUGGCACCAAACAUGGAUAUUUUUGUUCCAUAGAUUUGGUUUAAAUUAUAUCCUGUGCUAUAUUAAAUCUUACUUUGCAACACAUGGUCAAAACAUCACUUGUAAUGCCGACUGUGUUACAGAAGUGUACGGACAAUUUACAACCAUUAAAUGUCCUUGGCCUAUCAAUACUGUCUGGUAAAGAAAACUUAGACUUGAAUGUCAAAUGUAAGUUACAGCUAUAUUUCUGUUAAGUGGCUCUUCUUCUUCUCGGUACAUUUUAUGAAAUGUACCGUUCUCUUAACAAUAAGCCCUUGUUUGACUCUUUUGCAGGCGGAAUUCUUCAACAGAUACUUAUCAGAUCCCAAACGGCCACAAAUGCCUGAAGCUCCAGCAUCACAGAGGCCGCCAGGAAACCAGAUGGGUCAAAUGUAUGGACAACAUCAGCACUCACAGGGCAUGAUGGGAUGGGGACCUAGACCCCAAAUGAUGAUGUACGGUAAGUGACAGGAAGUUUACUGGCUUGCCUGAACCGAGCAUGCGUGGAAGGCCCAAAAGGGGGAGGGGAAGGAGGCAAAAAAGGACUAUCUCCCUCCCUCCCCUUUCUCUCCCAUGCCUUUUUGACGCCUUCCACUCAGUUAGACUGAGAGUAUGAUACAAAGAAGUAGUGCUGCCAGAGAGUCUGGCGUGCGAGACAGUUGAUCCAUGCAUGAGAAAGCUUUGGGCUGGUGAUAAGGACGGGUAAACGUGCCAAGUUAGGGAAGCGUCUCCCGCAUCCCUGUGAUCAAUUGAGGCUUUGGAUAAAAAAUUACAUUGGUUUGUAUGAAAUUGUCCACCCCAACCUUGAACUUUUCUUCAUUGUAUGUAACUCACUGAAGCGUAACGCGGGAAAAAACUAUUUAUUUAGUUUUUGAAUUUAGACUGUACAACUUUGUUUCUGGUUUGACCGUGAAGAGGAUCACUCGCAUUUCUCAACAAAAUAAGUUCAAACUAAACAGGGAAAAGCAAACGGCUUUGGAAGGCCAAGAAAAAGAAACCGAGUACUGAUUCCGUUUCUCUUAUCUGUCAACAGGUCCCCGUGGUCCUUAUACUCCUCCAAGCUACGGGGGAUACGGACAUGAGAUGUACGGUAGAGGACACACAUUUCCGCCAAAACCGCGAAGGUAACAAGAAGAAAGGCUACUUUUGGGCUCAUCUUUCUCUCAAGGAAAGCACUCCGUAUCCCUUACAUAAGCAGCAGUUAAUGCUGGCGUCCCGCAAAACGUGCUCUUAUUACACUCAGGGUGUGAUUCCCUGAGAGAAAGGUUGGGCGACUUUGCUUUCACCUCCAUGACGCUCAAGAGAAGAGGGUGAAAGGUAAAAUGAAGCCCACGAGGACGCGAAUUGUGCACUUUGCGUUCUCGCGCGCAAUAUUUUCCCCUCCUCCCUACCCUCUGGGGCCCAUGUCACGGAGGGAGGGUAACUUGCUCUAUGGUUGUUCCAGGGUGGGUGAUGUUAGUCAAAUUCCAGGAUAACACAACAAGAUUCCUUUAUGAGUUUAGCAAUUGGCCAGUCGUAAGAAACGUCUAAAUAACAAGACAGUCAGACGUCGAGAGAGAGAUAUAAUACCCAGUGACGGCCAGAUGAUUCGCUUGAAUCCGUGCGGUCUUCAAAUAAAAACUGUUAAUUAAACGUGGUUUUAUUGUAGAUUUGGGUACGGUGGUGGAGGACGAAAUAAAGGAGGCGACAGGUUAGUUGGAUAAAGCUUUUUUCUGGUCGCUCUUCAGUCUUUGAAGAGAGCAGGAACUUCCGAGGAAAAUAACGUAGCUGAAACCGUGUAAAUAUUUGAUUCAAACACUCAUGAAUAAUUCAUAAAGAAAAAACGAACAAAAAAAAUAAACGUUAAAGAGGUGUCUUUAUAUCUGAUAAAGACACGGCUAAACUUUACGUCCAGUUUUUUAAACCAAAAUAACCCCUAAUCUAACUAUUAGUGCAAGAAUGAGUUGAUCUAUAUCAGAAACUUUGAAGCCGUUCCAAAAACUCGCUGUUGUGUAUUCGCCGAGAGUUUAUAAACCUGAUAAUACACUCCUGCUCGUUUUUUAAACGGUACAUAACCUACUAUUACUGUAUUGCAAUCUCGCCGUAAAGAGUUUUCCGUCGUGUGGUUCAAUUUACUGUCUGAAAUGUAUAUUUACAUGAAGUUUACAGCUUUGCUUUAGACAAGGAGACCUAAGAAACCACCAGACUUUUAUUGGAUUUGGGUCACUUCAAUUUGUUAGGGCCGUUUAGUUUGCGCUGUAAUUACUACACAGUCAAAAACAUUGGCACUUAAGAUACCGUUACAAAAGCAUGGGCAUUCUUUUUGAAGGUGAACGUGUCUAGCUGUUUAUCCCAGCUUAGGCCGAGAAGAUCCGUGAACCGUUCACCGUUGGAUUGGUCGAUUUCUGCCUCAUUGGAAUGCCAAGUUUUGAUCUGGAAGUUGCCUUUCGCGAGGACAGCGUCGAUGUGGCUGAUAAUCUGCUUUGCCUUAGUUACUGUUUCUCUGGAGCCACCGAUGUCAUCCACGUACACAUGCUGUCGGAGUUCUUCUGCGGCUUCCGGGAAUUCUGCGUUCGAAAAAUUGACAAACGGCUUGAAAAAAUGCAAAUCACUCCGCCCCAGUGCGGAAAUUAGGUCUAAAUAAUUAGUUCUAAUUGAGCAACGACUAUAAUGGCUUAAGUGUUCAAUGUUCAAUAAAGAAGUGUCAGAAAAUGGUGUUAGAGUCCAUUUCUACCAUCGACUAGCUUGAGCGAUCCGCAUUCAGUUCGUCUUUAGUGGCUACGAGACAUAACUUGUGAAUUGGUCUGUCAUACUCUCCGUCUCUUGUCUUGAUUCUCACUUUUCGGACAAGUCCGUCGUUUCCAGGAUAUGUGCCUACAAUACGCGCCAUUUUCCAUUCACAUCUUUUGUGUUUGGGGUCCAGCUCCAGUACAAGAUCACCGAUCUGGAUGUUAUCUCGCACGCGAAACCACUUGUUCCUUGGUAACAAGUUUGGGGCGAAAUACUUCAUCCAGCUCCUCCAGAAAUCAGCAACUCUGUUUUGGGUGCUCCUGAGUAAUUGUCGCGGAUUGGUUCUUUCCUCUGGUUCUGGUUGUGGUGGUGGAUUGUAGUGGCCUAGAAGUAGGUCGUUUGGAGUGAUCGGUGGGGCCUCCCAGAUAUCGUCGGAACUGGGGUACAGCGGUCGUCCGUUGACCAUGUAGGUGAUUUCUGACAAAAUUGUUCUCCAUUGUUCCUCGGAGUAGGCUUGGUUCUUGCAAGUGGCGUUAAAUGCUUGUCUGACUGACUUAAUUAGGGUUUCAACAACUCCGUUUUGGUGACUCGCAUGUGGUGUAUUCCAUUCCCAUCUGAGCUCGCAGCUAAAUUUAUCAGAGAGGACACUCUUUACCCCAGGAAUAUCCCAGUUCUGCGUGAUUUCCUUUAGGUAACCUUGGGCACCCACGAAAUUUGUUCCACGGUCUGUCCAGCAAACAUUUGGGUGUCCGCGUAGGCAGGCAAACCGUCGAAAGGCCAUUAAGAAUGCGUCUGAAGUUUUAUCGGUGACCAGCUCAAGAUGAAUCGCACGUGAUGUCAUGCAAGCGAAGAUGAUCACUUGUGCCUCUUUCAGAGUUUUGCGGCCGAGCUUGAUCUGUACUGGCCCAAACAUGUCCAUAGCAGUGUUUGAGAAUGCCGGAAAGCCAGCUGCUACUCUUAGGUUUGGAAUCUGUCCCAUGAGCUGGUUGAGAGGCCUUUUCCGUAGUUUUCUGCAUAUGACACACUUUGAGGUGACGGUCUUAGCCAUUCUGCGGAGUCCAAUGAUCCAGAAUCUUUUUCUGGCCUCGUGGAUUAAACUCUUAUAGCCACAAUGCCCUCGUCGUUCGUGGAGGUCACGCAGAAGCAAGAUCACAAAAGGGUGGUCUUUUGGCAAGAUAAUAGGCUUUCUCAACUCUUCCGGGAGACGUCUGACAUCUUCAAGUCGACCAUGCGCACGAAAAAGGCCAUCUUCAUCCCUUUUUGCUACCAGUUUCUUAUCCAAGCUGUCUUCGUUGACGUGAAAUUGACUCCACUUCAGAAGAUGGGUCUCGGCAGCCUUCAGUUCCUGAACUGAAAUGGGCCCUGACUUUGGGUUCAUUUUCCGAGCGUUGUGAAUAAAGCGACCGACGUAGGCUAGAGUUCUCCGUAUCUUGGAGUACGUAGAACACGUUUUCAGCAAGUGUAAAAGGAUAGGAUUUUCUUCAGAUCCAGGUUGAUCUAGUUCAGGACAUACUUCCGCGGCGGCACUGUGAUGUUUACCGGCUUUCUUCUCUUUCCAAAACGUUUUCUUCUCUCUUAAAGCGUCGAGGUCGUCCACAUGAGUGUUAACUCGGGUGUGAUCUUGAGCGCUGGGCCACUUUUUCUUCUGGCAUUUCUAGGAAGGAUGGUCCCUCUGACCACUUCAUGAGAUGAUUAAGAUGGAUUCCUCUCGUUAGAGCAUCUGCAGGGUUGUUGUUAGACUUGAUGUACCGUAUUUGGUCUGCCCCAAUCGUCUCUUGAAUUUCAGCCACUCUGGCAGAUACGAAAGGCCUGAAUUCCCGUGGUGGCGUUCUGAUCCAGGACAAAACGGUUGAUGAAUCGAUCCAGAAAAAUCUUUCCCAGUCCUGGGCUUUUGCGAACUCCAAUGCUUUUACACAUGUAACGUACAUGCGUGCAAGUGCUAAACAGCCCAGCAGUUCUAAUCUCGGGAUGCUCUUCUUCUUCAGAGGUGCGACGAAAGCCUUUAUCGUGACUGGAACACAACGAUAGUCUCCGCCAGCAAGUUUCCACCGUAGGAAGAUGACCGCACCAUAAGCCUGCUCACCACCAUCGGAGAAUCCAUGAAUUUGAGGCACGCCCACUGCGUUGUUUGGUUUUAGCUUGCGGUCAAACUGAAAUGACAGGAGAUCAUUUAUGGACUGGACAUUCUCUAACCAUGUUUGCUGAAUACUCUCGGGAAGGAUGUCGUCCCAGCUGUAACCUGAACUCCAUAAUCCUUGCAAGUCGAUUCUGAACUUGAUUGCGACGGGCAGCACAAGACCGAUGGGGUCCCAUAACUGACCAACAAGACCUAAACAGCGCCUCUUUGUCAGGACAUCCAGUUCUCCGAGGUCAUUCUUUUUGAAGGUGAACGUGUCUAGCUGUUUAUCCCAGCUUAGGCCGAGAAGAUCCGUGAACCGUUCACCGUUGGAUUGGUCGAUCUCUGCCUCAUUGGAAUGCCAAGUUUUGAUCUGGAAGUUGCCUUUCGCGAGGACAGCGUCGAUGUGGCUGAUAAUCUGCUUUGCCUUAGAUACUGUUUCUCUGGAGCCACCGAUGUCAUCCACGUACACAUGCUGUCGGAGUUCUUCUGCGGCUUCCGGGAAUUCUGCGUUCGAAAGCUUGGCUAGCGUGUUGAUAGCGUUAGUUGCGAUGUCAGGGGCCGGUUUAUCACCAAAGUUCAGUCUUAGCCACUGGUAAACAGUUGGUUUGUCACAUGUGUUGCUCCUCCACAGAAACCUGUGGUACACCUGAUCCUCAGGAUGUACCAGGAUUUGGUUGAAAAUUUUACGAACGUCACCAGUGAACGCCACUUCGUCCCAUCGCCAUGCUGCCAGUACAUCCAGAAGACUAUUGAUGAAGUUAGGUCCUUUCUCAAGGUAAUCGUUGAGGGACAAUCCAUCAUGACCUUUUGAAGAUGAAUCAAAGACUAGUCGAACUUUUGUGGUUCUUUCUGGCGUAAACACUGCUUGCAAUGGGAGGUACCAUUCGGGUUUAUCAUGAGCAAUUUGUUCAGGUGGAAUCAUUGUGAUAAAGUUCUGGUCUAACAACUUUUGCACUUCCUCUUUUACGACCUCGAAGCAACCCUUUUUCAUAAACCCCCUUUCAGCAGAGAGCAUCCUCUUCAGAGCGAUGUCGUAGUUGCUUCGUUUUGGAGGCCCUCCUUCUUUCCAGGGCAUCUUCACUUGUAUUCUCCCGUCGACCAAAGUAGUUGAAGCUGCGAGGGACUUCACGAACUUGCUCUCACGUAACACGUUUUCAGUGCAAGUACAGAGUUUGGUUGGUUUGACUCCAAGGAGGUCUUGGUGGAGAAGUUUCUUGAUAUCUUCCUCGACACUCACUGUCCCUACUUCUAUUGACUGAAUUUCAGAUAGGGUGGAGCCGCUUGACUCGAACUGUCCCAGAACACACCAUCCAAAGCAGUUUCUUUUCCCGAUGGGCUCUCCAGGUUCUCCGGACACUGUGUGAAUAUCAAUGAAGGCCUCUACGAAGUCUGUGCCAAUAAGGAGAUCUAUGGCACCACCCGAGAGAUGUAUUUUAUCGGAAACGUUCUUCAAAUGGCUGUAUUGUCCCACUGACUCUUUAGAAAUUAUUUUGGCACCACUGCAAGGUCUAGUUACGGUGUACACUUGAAGGGUCUUCGUAAUAUCUUCGUCAGAGGGCGAGGCAACCGUGAUAUCGAUUAUCUCAGAAGGUUCGCUUUUCUUCUUUCCACCCGCCAGAUUCAUAGUGAGACGUGUUGCUGCUCCAUUUAAGCCAAGUCGACCAGCUGCACUUUUGGAGAGUAGGCUUGUGUUAGACCCGGAGUCCAACAUGGCGAGAACUUCGACAAAGUUUCCGUUUUUGUUCAUGACUUUAACUUUUUUUUUGCACAGGGCAAAGUCCAGUAACAGGUUUCAACUUGCUUUUCUGGUACACAGCAUUCCCUUGGAUGUUACCAUUCGAUGUAGUUGUGGGCCCUUGGAACUGACUUUGAAACGGUGGUGCUUUGGGAUUCAAACUUGUGUUAGUUUCUCCAGUCUUCUCAUUAUGUAGGCACCGGUGAUGGUUUUUUCUGCAUUUGUCGCAGGUUGAGCCGUCUGGUUUCUUGCAAUCGUUUGUGUGAUGCGCUCUCAGACACUUGCGACAUCGCCAAUGUUGCUUUACAACCUCCCACCUUUGAUUGACUGUUAGAAUCUGAAACUUAGGACAUGCAGCCAGGUGAUGUUUGGUCUUACAGCCAAGAGGACAUGUUUCAUCGUCAGAAUCCUCGCUGUUAGCGGCGUUAUUUCUGUCUUUUUGGGACCUUUGUCUCGGCGAAUUUCGUUUCUUUCCACUGCGUUGCUGUUCGCUUUCCCUCGGGAACGAAUACUCGCUUCUUGAUGUAACCAGGCGAUUAGAUUGCUCACGGUUUCUUCUUUUCCUUCUCUUUUCAUUUCUCUACCAAAAUCUGAAUUGUCACUUGGAUCGAGUUUGGACAGAAGCUGGGACAUGAGGAACGGCGCUUCAACUGACUCCAGCACAGGACACCCAAUAUUAUCUUCCAUGUCACUUACAUAACAGGCUAUUGUCGUAGCGAAAUGCGUUAGAGACUUAGAAUCUUGUUUGACUGCUUUAAGAUUAUUAAUCUCGGUGUGCAGUUCGUCCAUUAGUUUUCGUCUGUCUGCGAACUCUGUAUCCAAAAUAAUCCACGCGCUGUCAAUGGUUUUACAAGUUUUUACUUGGUCGGUCCAGAACGAUCCUUUUGGCAUUGCAUUUCGAAAACGUUGCAAUUGUUCAUCUUUAUCCUGACCGUAUUUCUUCAUCCAAUGGCUGAACUCCUUUUUCCACGUGGCAUAGGUUCUGCGAGUUCCGUCCCAUACUGGUACAGGUAAUCGUUGUAAACUAGAGUUUGACGGUUUUGAUCCGAUGUUAUCGGCCAUUUUCUGCACCGCCGACGUCAUGGACGACAUUGAUAAUGUUAGCGCUUCCAGAGUUGUCGCAUUGUUAGAAUUUUCUGAGGAGUUUUGUUCCUUUUGAUAUGCAGCAAACUUUAAAGUGAUUUGAAGGAAAUCAGCUUUGGUUUUGUCUCCAGUUUUCUUUGUUGCUAACACGAGUUCGUCUUCUGGGCCAGUGCCUUCGUCGACCAGUCUAUCCAGAAUUGUUUCCUGCUGUUUCUUGACCAGUCUGUACUUGGUUUCUACUAAACUGAAUGCUGCUUCAAGUGUUUUUAGUUCCGGUUUUACGGAGAAAAUUGUUUCGAAUUCUUCCAUUAAUUCGUACAAGAGUUUGACGGCAUUGUCCAGUUUUCCCGCGAGAGUUUUCACGUCUACCUUCGGCGGCAUUGUGAGCGGAAUUUAAAUGCGAAGCUUGGCGGUAGUUAGUAACUCGGCGUAAUCUUCUGCAAUAAAUUUUGACUGAUUCGCUCCUGUGAUUGAAGGGCUACUUUAUGUUGAAGAUUUCACCACUAACUGAUUUUCGCGUACAUGACCGUACAUGGAAUUUAUUUGCACUUGUAGUAGUUUAGUCAACUGAAAAAUUAAAUUAAUAUGACAAAGAAGGUUAUUACACAUGUCGAUUUCGGUUGAAGCGACGGGAAAAUAUUAUACUUACAAUUUGUGUUCCAUAUGCGGCUAGUAAGCUUCGAAGUGCGAUCUGUGGUGACACUUUUGAAAUGUAAGUUGCGUAACGAACUUCUAGGUUUUUAAAUAAUUAGUCACGUGAUCUAUUUUCGCCGCGUUGCGCUAAGAUAAUUAAAUAUUCACAAAAAAAUUGACAAACGGCUUGAAAAAAUGCAAAUCAGGGCAGUUGGGCCGAGUUAACUUUCGCCAAGACUUCUGGGAUCGUUACUAAGGAUGUGUCAGUCAACUAUUGGCCAAUUUUAUCCCAUGUGACCAGUAACCAUUUUGCUUACAUCAUUCCAGUGUACCCAAGCGAUACUGAUGCAAGUAAACUCAGAAAUAGACCAACCUCCCGAUUUUUCCGGGCGUUCUUUAUGAGGCAAUCUUUUGUAAGAAAAGCGUUGUUGACCGCUAUGAUAAUAACUCAGAUAUUUCCAUUCUUUGUACUGUUGAUCAGUAGCAUAAAAGUUCCAAGAUUUGAUGCUACAUGAAAUUCACUGGAAGUGAUUGUACUGAUGGAAUCCCCCUUAGAGUCACGUGGUCUUGUGUAUUGUUGUACAUGAGAGUUUUUAACCCUUUUAGUCCUAAUCGCAGGGAACCCGAACGCUGUUUUAGCUUUAUCACAAUAAGCAUGAAGGGAAGGGAAUUGAAUCAGAUCGAAGACAGUUUACCCUGAAAUAUUAGAAUGUGGGUUAGCGCAGAGCAAGUGUUUAUAAGGGCUACGUUACGAGGAUAUUGCUGUCUUAGGUCAAUUCUGGGAUCAUAUUACCUUUCUGGGAAACUGCCCACCUACCCCUCCCCUAAGCCAACAUUAAUACUUACUUCUCACUUAAGGCAAAAUGUUGGCUUAGGGGAGGGGUGGGUUGGCAGUUUCCCAGAAAGGUAAAAUGAUCCAAAUUCUGUGCUGAAGUCAUUACUUAGUGCCUUUACCCAUACACAAAAUGCUCCUGUAGAGUUAUGAAGAAGAUAUCAAACAGUUUUCACCGCCGCGGGAUUAGCUCAGUCGGUAGAGCGCUUGACUGCAGAGAGGGAGGUCGCGGUUUCGAUUGCCGGGGCCGGACCAAUACUCAGGGUCUUAAAAUAACUGAGAAAUGAAGAUACUCCCUUUGCACUGCAAGCGGCUAGACCUUCGCGUGGCUUGGAUGACCACGUAAAAUGGUGGUCCCGUCUCCAGUAGGAAACGUAAAAAUAGUGUCUUCAAUUAGCACUUUCGUACUAAAUACAUUCAAAGCGCAUUCAUCAAGGAGCAGUAACGUUUUCAAGUUUUAAUCCAUGUUCACCCUUGCCAUCCGUAGCAGCAAAAACUUUCAAUGCCUAAAUAUAGUCUUAAAUAACGAAACUGGACCAUUAGUUGUGGAACUCGAUUGAUGCGAAGACACGUUUUAGCUUUCUAAAAAGAUAGCAAAUAGCGUGACUGACAUAGCCCCUUUAAUCAUCUGUUAAACACUCUAAGCCCCAACAUCAACAUGCAUCUUUGGUGAUCAUUUCAGUAAUUUUCAUGACCUGUCUGUUUGAUCAGGUAGUGUUAUUGUUGGGAGAAAUUGGAUGUGGGUCAGUAUUGGGGCUUCAAGGGUUAACUCGCUUUGACUCUCAAAGUUAAAGUCGGAGUCUUGUAAUGUGGCUCUGACGAGUGAGUCUGCGGUGUGACCUAAUUCAAGUCAAACCCCUCUGAUAACACUUUCACAAGGUAUUAUUUAGUUUUUAGCAUUUUACAAAAAUGAAAUUUGGAAUAUUUGUCUAUGAUCGAUUUUGGCCACUUCUUGGAGUGGAAUGAGUGGUCGAAAAUACCAGUAGAAAAACUUUUGCCAAGUGUGAGGAACAUCAAAGUGCCAGGUAACUGCCAAAAUAUUAAGAGUUUGCUUGGCAAAUUCAAUAUUUUGUGGCCAAAUGCCACCAAGUAAUAUUUCGUGGGACAAAAAAGAUUGUACACUCUGUAAAACAACGUCGUUUUGGGAGGCAGUAACACGACCUUUUCUUUUUUUUUUCUCGCAGAGGUUUUCAUCGUGACCCAAGAACGAUUAUUCAGUACAAAGACCUGGAUGCACCAGAUGAUGCAGAUGCGUUCUAGACUGUACCGUUUGCCUCUCAAGUAUCUCGUGAUAAGCGAAUCUUGCGCUCUUGAGAGCGAUGUAAAGGAUGUCCAACGUGGUCAUUUUUCCGUACUGUACAAACGCACGAGCACUGAAAUGGCUUCGCAAAGUAUAGGACUAUUUUUCACUCACAAUACCACGCAAGAGUAGAGUGUAGGUGCGCUUGAAAUGCUGUCUUAGAAAUGAAUAUUUUCCUUCUGUACAAGGCUCAACAUUUGUGUAGAUAUUAGACAGAUUAAAACAAAUAACUCGUCAAACAACUGUUCCAUUUCUACCUGUUUAGUUAGGUAAUAUUUAUUCAAAGAGCAAAAUGGCGGGUUAGGGCUACUACGUAUAGCACGAACCAGGCUUCUCAAAAUUUGGAAACCAGCAAGAGCAUCUGGAAAUAGCCUGCGAUCAAGCUGUCUUUCUUUCUUU